CUCAUCAGAACCGUUAAAGACCUCUUCACCCCGGAUCAGAAGUCUCUCCGCAGUCCCCUCUUCCACACCUCUAGUCUGCCCGGCCAGAGGUCUCACCUGUGGCCGCGUGUGGAGACAUGAAGACUCCGCAGAUCAUCCGGGAGUCCCCGGUGCUGCUGCUGCUGCGGCUGCUGCUGACGGGAGUCUGCGUCGACGGCUACAGGCCUGUCAUCAUCGUGCAUGGCCUCUAUGAUGGACCGAAACAGUUCAAGACGAUGACCCUUUACAUCACCAAGGUGCAUCCGGGCACUGAGGUGACAGUGAUUGACUUGUAUGACGACCUGGCCAGUCUGAAGCCGUUGUGGACGCAGGUCCAGGGCUUCAGGAAGACCUUUGAGUCCAUCACGCAAAAAGCUCCUGAUGGCGUCCAUCUGCUGUGCUUCUCACAAGGCGGUCUGAUUUGUCGAGCAAUUCUCUCCACGGUCCCUUACCACAAUGUGCACACCUUCAUUUCGCUGUCCUCCCCACUGGCCGGGCAGUAUGGAGAAACAGACUACCUGAGGUGGGUGUUUCCCAAAUGCAUAAAGAAGACAGUGUUUCGUAUUUGCUACAGCAGAAUGGGACAGAAAAUUUCAAUCUGUGACUACUGGAACGACCCUCACCAUAGGUUGCGCUACCUGCAGGCAAACAGCUUUUUGGCGUUGCUUAAUGGUGACAAACCUCACCACGACAUGAAAGCAUGGAGAGAGAACUUCCUGCGCAUCAAGAAGCUUGUUCUGAUUGGAGGACCGGAUGACGGCGUCAUCACACCGUGGCAGUCCAGCCACUUUGGAUUCUAUGACAGCAACGAAAACCUUGUCGAAAUGAGGAACCAGGAGUUUUACAAGAACGAUACGUUUGGGCUGAAGACGCUGGACGCUCGCGGCAACAUGUCAGUGUGCAUUCACUCUGGAGUGAAACACAUUCAGUGGCACUCAAACUACACGGUGUUCAGAAGCUGUAUAGAGAAGUGGCUCACAUGAAAACAAUCUCACCUACAGGGUGUGACAGAUGUUGGUACAAGGAGACAGACUGUGAUCUGAACUGUAAAAUUUGAUUUGUACGACUUCUAUUGUAAUGUUUUUAUAGACAUAAAAUGAAAAAUGAAAAUAAAAACAGAAAUAUGCUAGAUUAAUCGUUAUAAAGAUGGGGGCAGAUAUAUCAGACAAGGAUUCAUAAUUCAUUAUAUUAUAUAUUAUAAUACUGUAUACAUACUAUACUAUAAUGAACUAUCGUCUUUUUAAGCAUUCCAAUCAAUGUUCAAUUAACCAUUUUUUUAUAUUGGAAGCACAGAUAUUUUAUUCAUUUUCUUUAUUCUCAUUAUUUUUUCCAAAAAACAUGGCAAAUUGUGAAACAUUUUUCAUUUAGGAAAGAUGUUAAAGUGAACUGGAAAACUGCAUGGUACAUUUGUCUUAAUUAUUAGGUUUUUAUAUAACAUGUAAACAAACUAAGGAUCAAUUAAUGUGAUUUUUUAAAAUUAUUAUAUUCCCUUUUGUGUUAAGGUGUCAUAUUUGAAACAGCUUUGAAAAAUGUUGUAAAUAUAUGUGUGUGUUUGCUUUCUUCUGAACAAAUAAAG